GUUGCUGGAUGAAAGCAGAUGGUCACCCAUGAAGACAGGAGGCGAGUAGAACCAAGAAGACUUACCACGGCGCAGAACAAGCCUCCGUCGUUCGAGACUGGUCGUGAUGUACACAGUUUCUUCCGUUCGAACAGACAUGCCAUUCCGAUUGACGCGUUAAAAGCUCUUAGGAAUCAGCUAACCAUAAAACCUAGCGAGUCCGUGAUAUCCACUCAAGAUGCUCGCCUUACACUGCUGAAAGAAUGGCUGGAACUCUCGUCUGGAGCGCAAGAUGUUUUCGCGGUGCUUGAGAAGGGAACGCAGCCAGCAGUGAUGGCGGUUUGCUUAUCCUUGCUGGCAUCUGUCUUAACGUUAACGUCGCAGCACUUCAUCUAUCAACCGCUUGGCCAGCCCAUUGUCAAAAUAUUGCUUUCAUCUCAAUGGCUUCGGAAAAUCAACAGCUAUCUCUCUGGCUCUCAAACGGAACUAUGUCUCACGUCACUGAAACUAUUGAAUGCUAUGUCGAGUUUUGCGGGAGGGAGAGAUCAGAAGGGUCUGUUAGAAGCUUUCAAUUGGGAUAUAAAGAAUUUCCAUAAGCUCCUUUACAUGCGGCGCAGAAAGGAGAAGGACCCCGGCUAUGAUAUUCUUGCUAAGCCGGAUAUCCGUACUCUGACCCUACAGUUCAUCCUUUCGUUCAUCUCGUCCGCCUCCCCGAUAAAAGCUGCGUUCUUAGAACAGCACCGCGAUAUAUUUCUUUCAUUAUUUAAGGGUCUCGACGCAGACCCUUAUCCAGUGAUACAGUUUACCCUCGAGCUUUUAUGGACGAAACUAUGGCAAGACCAGAAGAUAAAAAGAACGCUGAAAGUUGGUCUGUUUGGAGAAAAGACUAUCCAGCAACUUAUUAAACUUUACGAGCGUUCUGAGCAAGAGGGAUCGAACGCCGGCCAAGUUCCAGCUGAUGUUGUACAUCACUUCCUAUUGGCAAUUUGCACUCAUAGAGGGAUAGGAGUCUGCUUCAAUGAUAACGGGUGGUAUCCUCGAAAAGAGAAUGAAGGUGACACUUUGCAGAAGAAAGAGAAAAUAUACAACAAGAUUUUAGCAAAUGUCUUGAAAAUGCUGAAGAUCUCGGAGGACGCUCGUCAGCAGGAAUUAGCCCUAAAGAUAUGUCGAGCGUGUCCGGAACUUGUUUCUGGAUAUUUGCCUUCCAUUUCAAUUUCGCUCGAGCCUCGGCUUUCAUCCAAGUGGCUGGCUAACAUGGCCUUCUUUGGUGCUAUCGUCUCUUUGCCGGUGCCCUUAGAGAGUUUCUAUCUACCGAAUGGUAUAGCUGGCUCAUCGUCCACUCCCGCUCAAUGCGCCUAUAGGCCCACACCACCUCCUCUCUCUACCGUGGUUGAUAAUGUAAUCCCAUCAACGAGCUUGAAAGCAUAUCUCUCAAGAGGUCUUCAAUCAUCACAUCCAUUAGUGCAGCAUUCUGCUGGACUUGCACUUGUACAGUCUCUCACUAAGCUCGAUUCCGUGCGAAGGGCUUUUCGUUUGGUUGAGAAAGCUCUCGAAGAGGACGAAAUAGACGGUCAAUGGUGUCGUCGGCGGAAGGAAGUCGAGCGGGAGGUCCGAAAGCGUAUACCCGAGAUAAGUGUGGUGAUUGCUUUCUCCAAUGCAUGGAAAGGGGUGGAACAGCAGACAAUAAAGUCUGCAAUGCUCUCUGAGCUGUCAGAGAGGCUAUUAUGGCUAUACCAUCUCUGCAUGCCAUCCCUUGUGACCGAAGCCAGAUAUGAUAUUGCCAAAUCACUCCAAAGUUUACUUGACGUCGAGACGCCAGACGCGCAGAUUUCUUCGGAAAUUGGCGGAUUGAACCGAUUGCGCCAGCUCCAUGUCCUUCGUAUGUUGACGGAAAGCGACCUGUUUGUCUGGCAUGCCAAAUCAGUUCCCUCAGCGUCAUCAAAUCUCUUUAUUCUUCUUGAUCUGUACCUCAAAUCGAAGCAUUCGACCAUUCGCGAGGCCGUUCUGACACUCCUCACGCGGUCACUGGGAGAUAGUUUAUUGUUCCAGCACGACCUGGAGGAAUUACACACCUGGCUCAACGCUUUACCAACAAACGUUCGGCCCGCGGGUGUGGAAACUCCUGAUGGUGCACCUUUAAAGGAUGAACGCGACUGCGUUGUGUCCUUUUUAGACUCAUGUAUGCAACGCUGCGCGAAGACACCGCAUCGAUACAUUGACGAAAUGAGCACAUUCGCAACACCAGACGCAGCUCAGCCAUUGAACGCCAGCCCUCUUCUGAUCACAGUUAUUGAGCAAUUCAAUUCGCGGAUACGGAGCAAAACCUUCGAGCCAUCGGACGCACUUGCGCUAACGACCUUCCUAAGGAAGGUAAUCGUGGGAUUACUCGGGAAACAGUUUGAUUUAGCACCACUGCAAAAUAUUGCUAAGGGCUUCAUGGAGUCUGUGAACGGUGGCGAUGUGCUCGUGGAGUUUCCGGUGGUGUCUUCUGCACUCCAGAAAGAAUGCGUUAUCUUGGACAAUUGUUUUGCAUGGUGCAACUCAACUUUGCAAGCGAAAAGUCUCGUGUCGGAACCGACAGCUUCGCAGGCGGUGAACGAUUUCGUAUCACAGAUCGAGAAGCUCCAAGACUCACGGACAGAGUCAGCCGAGUCUCAGGCCUAUGAGCUGGUUGACUGGAUACGCUUAGUUGAUCAGACUGUCUCUCCGGCCAUCGUGGAGCGUGUUGCUUCUGUGGUCAGGCGUCUACAUCCCCCAGCGUUAUAUAUUUUUCCCCUUCACCUAUCACCUGGAUCUGGCUUAUUGUGGUCACUUCCGGACGACGACGUUUCACGAUGGGUUCCGACAGAUUGGUUACUUAUGCAUACUACCGAAGAGCUGCUAUCAACUCCUCGUAUCCUGAAUUUACUUCGAGUAACUUUGGAUAGGGAGCGGAGGACACGCUAUGAUUAUAUAUGUCUUAUUGGACUUCUCAUGCAUCGUCUUCGCGUGCAACACGCUCAAGCCAACCUAGUCCCUGCAUUGCAUGCAUUCAAGGUUCUACUGCUACAUGCAAAAAGGGAUGUCACCUUGACCGAGUUCAAUGCUUUGAAAGAGUUUGUCUGGGUGGCAAAACCAGAAUUGAAGCUACUUGCGUGUCAUGAAAACUUAUCUGACUCGGUGAUAACAGCCAUUCAGCAAGUUGCGGAUGUCACAUUAAACGCAACCUCAGAAUCAGAUCGAUCUCUUGUUUCUCAUAUAUGCAAGCAUUGGACUGCAAGGAUCCUGGAUGCUUUGAGGCAAGAUUCGUUGCAGCAGCUGACCGUGUCGCUCAUCUGGAUACCGUUCAUGUCUCUCGACGACCGGCUCGCCCUUAUCGAACAGCUGCUGCCUUCCGGCCCUCAACGUGUUAUUGGUAAUGACAAUCGCCUAUCCUCUGUGGAUGCUCUACUAUCCUCUCUUGUGGACAAUGACGACAGCAACUUGUCAGUGUGGUUGAACGACCACUUAGCAGCAUUUAUUGCUUUUUGGGAUGCCUUACCAUCAAACAAGGUGCUCGGGCGAAUUAUUUCACGAUCCGUUAACCACAGCAUUCCGCUCGGAUGUGACAGCCUUGAUGUUGCGACGGAAGGCACGAUGCUGAAAAGCGCCGUUAAUACAGCAAAUGCACACUGGGCGGCUCGUCUCCUGACCCCGUCUGAAGCUGUUUCAGUUGAUAAAUUACUUCGCGGGACUGAAUGGAGCGCAGACGUGUCUAGUAUUGUUGCAUCGUUGAUUUAUCGCACAUCGUAUGCCCGCCGGUCAUUCUGGUCGUGGCUAUCUUCCGGUGAUCCAUCUCAAAAGCCGCUCCUUAUACAACUUGCCCCUGCCAUUCAUGCCUUUCUCGAUUCCAGUUCCGAUGCCGACCUCUCCGAUGCGGCCAAAGAUCCCUUCUUUACUCUAUUAUUCAAAGCAUUGGCUAAGGAGUUCUGCAGAAAUCCUGCAAGUAACCGUGUUGUAUACUUGUUCACCUCUUGCCUGGCAAGGAUGAUAAGAUGCUCUUUGCCAAGGGAUGAUCUAGUUCGGAUAUUAUCAAAACAGUUGUCAAAUAUGCCAUCCACCGUAUUACAUCUCGAAUCGCUUCGCUUGGUACAUCUUAUUCAUACUUAUGACGAAGAUGGGAUUACUCUCGUAGAAGCGGUACUUGAACACGCAUUACAAUUGGCAGUACGGCAUCUGUCCGAAAGCACGGAUACUCCUAGCAUCAAUAUACCGUCCCUCGAGGCAAUCACUGACCUAGUACGACUUGGAAAGGGCGUUGCUCAACACUAUGCUGAACCCGUCAUUGCAGCCGCCAUUCGCCACCAUCUUUGCCAUGCUCAAUGCAUGUUUUUGGCAGAAGCCCUCUGCGCGAAUAUCAGUAUAAAACCCGUGAAUGUUAAUCGCCACCUACAAAGCAUUCUCCAGAAUCCACAAUUCGAUAACGUGGCGGCAUCAGACAUAGGGUGCGAAGAAAGAGAUGCACUCACAAGGCUUCUGUCGACUCUAUUCUUUAAACAUCCAGUCAACACAUGCCAGCCUUCUCAUGUCGAACCAUUGAUACGCUUGUAUACAGGGUCAUUGUCACCUGAAGACCGUCGCCUCGUUUCCAUAUUCCAACUAUUCGAGGAACAGAGAAAGACUUCUGCUGCGUCUAUCAUGUGCCGGUGGGCUCAAACAGGAUCUACUGAUCAACAGACAAGCUUGGAUGCAGUGUUGGGAUUGGAAGCUGUACGCGUCUUCCGAACGUGUUUAUCGUUCCCUAACAGACGAUCUCUAUCCCGGACCAAUGGCGACGAGGUGGUCAUGUCCUCGGCGGAAGACAGGCUGGUUUACGACCCCAUCUUUCUACUGCUACUCUUUGCUCAAGUGAUGGCUGAGCGUCCGCCACAAUCCGCACUUUCCUGGGUAUCUCUGUUCCGGACAAAUAUCGCGUGCCUGGUAGUACGGUGUCUGUCGUCAGUAGAUCACGCAGUUCGCAGGAUAGCCAUGGCACAGCUAGGGAUCUUGUAUGAGCUUAUGCAAACCGCGGAUAUGCAAGAGAGGGAGCACAUUCUCCAUGUGCUUGACAUUUUACGAGAUCAACUGCGAAGUCCAUCGGAUCAGUCUGACGAGAAUGUCUUCUAUCUUCCCUCCUACAUAACCCUGGUCCUUGCACACUCAAUUCGGGGCAUCUUCUAUCCGUCAAAUUUCAUUUACCCAAUCACAGCACGCUUCUUACUACAACGACCUGAAUUGGAUGUCAAGGACGUCCCGAUGCUAUAUAGUAUGCUGUACAGCAGUGGGGACGAUUGGAAGAAAGAACGUACCUGGAUGGUGCGCUUCAUCUCGGACGGAAUGCUGAGUGGCGAAGAUUGGCGACUGCUAAAGCGUAGACAUACAUGGGACCUACUUGCAAGCAUGUUUCAAGGCGCACAUGAUGACAGAUCGCUACGACAUUCAAUCCUGGAUGUCCUGGCAAACUUGACUUGCUACAUGCAAGCGACAAGCUCACUCAUACUUCGUUCGUCUCUGGUACAAUGGAUCGAGAUGCACGUUAUAACGUCAAGACCCGACGAAAGCACUGCAUGGGUAAAGAUAAUCGAGAACAUCCUCGUCGUUGCAGACUCCACGCAUAUAGAACAAGUCACAAUGGGGGAAUGGCAACUUAGUCUAUUCAGAUGUCUAGCCCAUCUAGUCAAUGAUGCAGACGUUGUAUUGCUACGCUUAAUUACUCGUGCCAUGGCCAGAGUCACGACUGAAGGGCUCUCUCACUAUCCUGGAACUUCUUAUGCUUUGGAAUCUGCUCUAACGAGCCUCCAGAAGUUUGAGGAUUCAGAUGAUGUCUCUCUGCCCACCGGCUCCGGAUAUCGCGGUAGUAGCAGACAAGUCGGUCUUCUACCACACCGUAGUUUCGGGUUACAUCAGCCAAUUUUCCAGAGCGACAUAGAAACUUGGGGAAAGACGGUUGAAAGCCUGUGGAGUAUGUCGUUACGACAUGAUAUUCGAGGCCCUGUUUGGGAUCAGCUAAGUAGUCGCAUUCUGUUGUGGAGGGCGAUAGCUGGUGAGAGGGAGACGCCAGUGGGUGAAUGGGCAAGAAGGCAGAGUGUAGAUUGUUUGUCUUCGGCUACGCAUUCUGCAUAGAUACGCAUUAUGUAUAAACACCUUUACUACCUAGAGAUUGUAGGCUUAUGAGACCGUGAGAAUUGGAACGC